AUGUAAAUUCUCUUAAUUGUUGUUUUGACAUUUCAAUUAUGGUAUAAGGUGAAUGCAGAAACUGACUCAUCUUAAACAGCUUAAACUAUGUGUAUGGAUGCUGAAUGCACUUAUUGCAAAGCUAAUCAUUUUGUUUUCUAAUUACCUUAGAAUAAUGAUGAAAAUAUGAAUUAAAGAUCUCGAAUUUGUGUGGAAUGGUAAUUAUGUAUUUUAAGAUGUUAGUCCAUUCUAGCCAUUUAUGUAGAAUGAGGAAAAUUUAUAUUGCGGUGACUGUCUUGAUAAUAGUCGAACUUGGUAAUAAUUUAAGAUUAUAUAGGAAUCUUAAUAGAGUUUGCAGUUACGACUAUGUAACUUAUUCAACAACUAACUCGGUUUAUCAUAAGAAGAAUAGAGCUUCUGAAGAAUUGUUUUAUGUAGUGGCAUCUGAGACAGGAAAAGUAUAAAUGUAAAUAAGAAAUAGUAUUCUACAAUAAUUUGCAGUGGGUGUGAUCACUUUUGUAAAGAAAAAUCAUAGAAAUGUUUUUUAGUAUCAAAAGAAUACUAAAAUGACAUUAACUAUAUGUAUGUAAGUUGUAAGGAAGGCUAUGAAUUUGAUGAAAUAAGAUAAUUAUGUGUAUCUUGUCCUCAGAAUUGUUUAUCGUGUGACUAAAGCACAUGUUUAAUUUGUAAUCAAGGAUUUAGUAAGUUAAUAUUGAGAGAAUCAGCAAAUUCAACAACGACAUCAACAUUUUGCAUCCCAUGUUUUGACUAAUGCAAGACAUGCUAUUUCGGUAAGAAUGGUAUAGAUUUGAAUGUCGACUCUUGGGAUAAAUAUAAUAAAAAAGAAGGUUUAUUAUUAAAGGAUUUUUUAGAAAAUUAAACAGAAUUUUUUGAAAACUUAUUCAUUGCUUUUUAAAUAGCUUAGAGAUGUGAACAAUGCCAAAGUUUAACUCAAAUAAAGUUUAUACCUUCAUUGAAUAGAAGAUCAUGUGUGCAAUGUGGUAUCCAAUGCACACUUUGUGAAUAUUAUUCAUAUUGGUUACCUAAUCAGGAACUCAUUAACCCUUCCAAGAAUCGAAGUCAAAUAAUUGAACCUUAAAACGAGAAAGAAACCCAAGAAUUGUUAGAAUCUCAAUAUGUGUUAAGAUGUAGAGAGUGUCUAAAUUACAAUUAAGUAUUUAAUGCAAUAGGGACUAGUUGUACCGAUUGCAAGGUAAAUGAUUGUGUGUUAUGCCACAAAAGCGAGACUUAGAGCUAAAGCAAAGUACCGUUUUCAACUCUGUCUAUAAAUUUUGAAGCUUAACCAUAAGAAGGUAUAAAUAUCUAUAUUUAAAAUUAUAGAUUUAUUUAUUCAGAAGUGUGUUCUGUGUAGAGAUGGGUUUUAUUUAACUGAAACUGGUACAUGUUUGAUUUUUGAUAGUCAAAAUUAGCCAGGGCCAGGAUGUUUGACUUUUGAAAGAUCUUACGAUUUAAAACAUUGUAGAAAAUGUUCAUAGGGUUAUAUUCUAUCCCUCGAUUCUAAAUCAUAAAUUUGGUAAUGCGUGACUGGUUGUGACUAAAUUUUAUAGGAUCCUUAAUGUGAAUCUUGUGUCUAAUAAGGUGAGUAAUAUCGGUGCUAAAUUUGUAAGGUUGGCUAUUAUGUUGAUACCAUAACUAACAAAUGUAAGCCUUGUUCUCUAGAUGGAUAUUGCCUGAAAUGUUACACUUUAACCUUAAAUGUUGUUCAUCAUCCAGAAUGCUUCAAUGCUUCUUACCUCUAGGAUUCUCAGAGUAACGCUGUACUUGGUCCGUUUUGUUAUUAAUGCAUACCUGAUGAUAAUGAUGUGAAAGGGAGAGGUCACUUUUUGAAUGAAGAUCUGCGAAAGUGUGAAAAAGGAGGAGAUAAAUGUGAAAUAUUCUUAGCCAGGGGUCAAAAAGGCUUUUGUGAUUAAUGUAUCAAUAAAAAUUCAAGAAGUUCCUCUAGUGAUGGAAACAACUGCAUUGACUGUCCUUAUAAUACUAUUGGAUGCAGAGAAAGGACUUAGAAGGAAAUCUAACAGCAGAAUAGAUUUUAUGAUCCUCCUAAUCAAUAAUAAAUAUACUCCAAUUUAGCCUUUAAGUGCACUGUUGGUCCAGAAUAAAUGGAUACUACAUUUUCUAGAUGCCUUAGUGAAUUAACAAAGAACAGAGAGAUCAGUAUCGAUGUAAAAGCAGAUUGUUCAGAGGAAUAUCAAAUAAAUAAUGAUAAAGUAUGGCAAAUUAACACUCUAUUUUAAGAAUAAAAAAAUGUUUAGUCAACAAAUAAUUAAUCCUAGAAACCUUUAUCUAAGAAUGUAACCAUAAUCCUUGAAAGUAAAGCAUUUCUUAGUAAUAAUCAAGAAUACAUUAGUAACUUAACUAAAUUUUACGAAGAUUUAAAUCUUAGAGCUGUUUAUAAAAUCAUUAUCAAUCUCAGUUUUAGUUCAUCUAAUCCUUCCUGCUUUUUUUAAAAGGAUACAUACUUUUCAACUGAUCUUAAGAAGGUGGUAUUUUCAGCUUAAUAAAUUGAAUUAAACAUCAAAGUAGAUAAUGAUAAUGACAUCAAUUGGUAUUUGUAAAAUAACGUUUACUUUGAAUAUUUUUCAAAAGUCACAAUAUCUGGGAUCAAUAUGAUGCCAGCUGUAGAUUGUGAUCUGUAUCCUUAUAUUAAAAAACUCCAAAAACCAUUCAGUUUGCAAUUCAUAAAGAAUGAUGGUCUAAUUGUAAGGUUAGAAAGAGUAUAAAUUUUAAAUUAAGCUGCAUACUCACAUUAUUUGAAUACAAAAUUGUAUACAACACCCUACAGUUAGAUGUCACUUUUAAAUAAAAAGUAUACUCCAUUUUAUUUUAUCUUUACAAAUAUUUAUGAUUUGCAAUUAAACCAAGUUGUGAUUCAAUCUUUAAAUUACUUGAAGUUAAAGGAUACGAAUUUUACAUUUAAUCUGUUUGGAUUUAAUUAUGAACCAAAUAUACCUUUGCCAUAUUUUCACUUGAAUUUAGAUGAUGUGAAGUUUUCUGAUCUGGGAAUAGAAGAUCAAUCUCUAUUUGAUUUAGAAUAUAUUAAUCUAACACAAUAAUUCUAAAUUAAUUUUCAGAUUCUUGUCUAAUCAGUCAGUUUUAAUGAUGUAUAUUUUUUAAAUGGGGCAGGCUUUAUAAGUCCAAAGUUUAAUGACACCUUGAACGGAUUGAUAAGAAUUAAUAACCUAUUUGUAAAUAACACUAAAUUCAACCAUUCUAGAGGAAUCAUUAACUUCAAUAACAUGCAACAAAUCUAUGUAAUUAACUUCACACUAGUAAAUUCAUUCGUUAAUCACACUUUCUUAUUCCAUAUAACUACUAUUUAAAUGGCUAAAUCCUAUGUUUAUAAUACUUAGUUUACUUCAAAAGGAAGGAUGCUGUAGACUUAACAUGAAUUGUCAAAAAUAUCAAAGCCUAAACAUGAGAGAUUGAAACUGUUAAUAGAAGAGAUAACCUUUGAAAGGGUAAUCUGUCUAACUCCACAGUGUUUGAUUUUAAUAUCAGCCAUAAAAAAUGAUUACGACCUCCCUGUCAAUAUCAAAAUGAGGAAUAUUGAAAUCUUGUAAAUUCAAACAGACGGAUUCGAUCCCAAAAUUUUGAAUGCUGCAACAAGUGCUGCUAUUAAAAUAGAAAAGAGCUAGCUUGUAUAUGUGUAAGAUUUUAUAAGCAAAGAGAAUUCUAAUUUGUCGAUUCUCUAUGUUGAUAUGGUUUGGAAUAGUUACUUCUAUAACAUCCGUUGCCAUCAAGUUCAAAACCUAUAGAUAAAAAAUAAUUAUUGUCUAUUUGUUAAUAAUCUGUACAAAUCUGUUAAGAUAAAAAAUGUUGAAUUGCUGAAUCUGCAUGCACAGGAUACUUCAUUCAUAGGUAUAUCAUCUUGGAAUAAUCUGAUAUACAACACGACCACAUAAAAUUCAGAAGAAAAUAUCUUUCUUGAAUAAAUCCUAGUAAAAUAUUGCACAGUAUCAACUACACAACCUGGCAUCCCGUCAUCAGCAAUUAUAAUUUAAUCUAAUUAAAAGCAAAACGUAUAAUUAACCGAUAUGCAAUUUUACUAAAAUAAACAUUUUUUGUUAAUACAAGGUAGUUUGACUCCCAGCAACCCAACAUUGAUCAUGUAAAGUAGUUUGGGUAACCUGCUACUCACAAAUAGUAAAUGGGGAUACAAUUCGGCCCAAGGAUCUGGAGCUGCCUUGCACUUAGAAUCAGGUGUUUAAACUCUUAGAAAUGUAUCAAUGUUUAAUAACAAUGAUCCAUACUCUAGAGGAGUACUAGUUGCUGACUAACAAAAUGAAGGGGGACAUCUUAAGAUAAUAUCCUUUUAGGCUACAGUGGAGAAUUGCACCUUUUUUAAUUCAACUGCAAAAUUUGGAGGAAGCAUUUUCAUAAAGACUUUAAAAGAAGGUUAGAUAUUAAUAAAGAACACUUUAAUCUAAACAUCCUCUACUUAAUUAGAUAGUACUAUUGGCUCAAAAGGAGGUUGCCUAUAUGUUGAUUCCAAAGCGUCAAAAUUAAAUAUGACUAUUAUCAACACAAACUUUGAAGAUUGCUUUUCAAGACAAGAAGGAGGUGCUAUUUACAUACUAAGCUAUUAAUCUUAACAAUAAACUUUGAUUCAAGAAACCACUUUCUCAAAUUGCUUCUCUUUGAGUGGAGCCAUCUUUAAAGUUAUCUACGACAAAAAUUACAAGCAAACCCAAUAAACAAGAAUGGAGAAUAUCUAUAUCCAAGCCAAUCAAUCUAGAUAGGAACAGUUUUUUGAUUCUUUGGGAAUAUUAAAGUAAGUUGAGAAUUAUUUAUUUUUAAUAAGAACUUCUGCCAUUGAAUAAGAUUUUGGAGAAAUAAUUUUAAUUAAUAUCAAUUCAUAAGAUAUAAACUAUUAGGGGUUAUUAUCAGUAAAAUAUUCAUCACUUAUUAAUUUAUAAUCGAUUAUUGUUCAAAAUUACGUAUUAACAUAUAAUCCAUUGAUAGAAAUUAUAGAACCAAUUUUGAAUCCUGUUCUUAUCGAAACAAUAAAAUUUGCGAAUAUCAGUACUAUUAGUUUAGACAAUGUGAAAUGUAACAAUGAAACACUUAGCAUGAUAUGUAAGAUACUCUAGGUAAGAGUGGAUUUCCCUCAAAUUAAUAUUUAACCUUCGUUGAUGAAAAUAGACACUAUAACACCAUCCACAUUUCUGACUCUGAGAAGAGUUUUAAUAAAUAAAGUACACUGUAGUGAAUGUAUAUAUGGCCUAGUUUAGAUUACCAGAGUCUAAAAUAAUCUAUUAGUCCAGUCAGUUUUCAUUGAUCAAUGUAGAUGCACAGGAACAAUUACAAGUUAUUAUGGUUGUUUUACAAUAUCAUCUGAGUCUCUUAUUAAGAUAUAGACUGCUCAAGAUUAAUUGUAUAAUUUCAAAUUAAAAACCAAUUUGACCAGAGAAUCAAUCAUCAAUUACACAGACAUAGUUCCUUCCGAAGAUUUAUAUUCGUUCCAAGAAGAAAGUUAGAGACUAUUAGAAAGCCAAUUCGAUUUCAACUAUGUCACUCCCAAUCCCCCCUAUAAAGCUCAUGUUUUUGUGCUAUCAUUAUUUACUGAAAAUAAUACUUGUAUUCAUGGGUGUGGAAUAUCAAUAUACGAAUUGACAACUAAUAUUACUAAUUCGUAUUGUACUCAGAAUGUAGCCUAAGGCAAAGGAGGUUUCCUUUACUUUGAAUCUCAAGGCCAAUCGCGAGUCAACUUAGCUAAAAUUAGUUGUUAUGACAAUAGAGCCUCAAUAGGUGGUUGCAUAGCGCUUUUAGGAGUUGACAUCAACGAUGUAAGCUAAACUGACAGUUAGAUCAUAAGAAAUGUGGCUAUUCUGUUUGGGAACAAUGUUAAUUAAUUUCCCUAAAGCAUGGGCCUCUAUAUUAAUGGGACUUUAUAAACACCAACCAAUUAGACCAAUUAGACCAAUUAGACCAAUUAGACCCAUGAAAUUUAUUUAUAUCCAAUUCCCAUACAUUUUUAGAGUGGGCGUACUUUAAAUACUUAUCAAAAUUAAAGUAUCGAGAUCCAUUUCUUAGAUAAGGAUUUACAUAUAGUUAAACACUAAAUAAAUUCAAUUCUCAACAUUUAUACAGAUACUUAAGAUGAAUAAAAUAAUAGCAGUUGCGAAAUCUCUUCAAGUAAUAAAAAUACAACCAGAAGUUUUAACAAUGACCUUCAAGGAUUUGAGUUGUCAAAGUUAACAAUUUGUAAGAAUCCAAACCUUAAUAAAAUAAUUAAUCUCACCUUUACUAGUAGUCACAUUAAAUAACCAAUUUAUAUAGAUGUAUACCCUUAUACAUUCAAGGAAUAUAAAUAGUUGAUCUUACAAUUAAUUGUUAAAUUUUAACCAAUAUUUUGCCGAUUAGGUGAAUACUAUAAUGAAUUUGGUGAGAUUUGCGAAAAAUGUCCAGUUAACUUCUAUUAAUUGUAACGCAAUAGUAGUUUUUGUAAGGAAAAAGACUAUACUAAAAUGAAGGAAGCCCAUGGAUUUCAAAUAUAUUUGUAUGAGGAUUAUUGGAGGCCUCAAAUCAACAAUGAUCAAGUUGAGUCGUGCAGGAAAGAAAAGUGCAAAGGAGGACUUUAAGUUGGUAACGAACUUUGCUCUGAAGGGUCAAUUGGAGCUAUCUGUGAGGAAUGCGAUAUCCAUAUGGUUUUUUGGGAAAAGAGUUAUUAUAAAGAUUGGUAAUCCAAUUGUUCAUCAUGCGAGGAUAGUUUGAUUAGUGUAGAAGCAGGUUUUGUGAUUUUGACUUAACUUCUGAUAAUCCUUUCGUUGGGUUGGAUGUCAGAAGCAAGCAAGGAGAGAAAUAUUCUUCUGAAUUUUAAGAGAGUAUUAGGUCAUCCACCUUUAGUAGAAAAGCAAUAAUUAACACCUUAAGUUUUCUUAAUUAUUAUCUGCCAUAUGUAAUUUAUAUCAGUUAUGAAAUUCUCUAAUUUAGAAAGCCCUGCGUUUUCCUUUUUUAUAGCCUUUAAUUCUAUUACAAUGCCAGCAUAAAGUUUAAAGUUGCAUCUGCAAUGCUUGCUUUAAGAUGGCUUAUACUUAGGAUUAAUAUAUUCAUUUGUUAUCUUAAUUUGUGGAUGUCUUUUAACUUUAAUCAUAGAGAUAAUUUAGCCGUUUAUUCUAUAAUUAAUUAUUUAUUAUUCACGAAGACAAAAUUUUGGCAGGUUCCAUAAUGAAAAAUUACAAAGGUUGCAUUGUAUAUUUAGAUUCUCAGUUUAAAAUUUUCUGAUACUCGUUUUUAUUUAUUUUUAACCAAGCUACAUAAUUGAACUAGUUUAAAUAUUAUAUUAUCGAGUAAUAUCAGGAUCCAAAUACAUUUAUGCAAAUUUAUCCUAUCAAUUUGAGGACAAUUAUGAUUCGAAAUAAGCUUUUGUGAUUUUAUUUUUAACUUUAAUCACUUUAACACCUGUCCUUGUGUGUGUUUACUUCUAUAUUUACCUAUAUAGAACGAGAAAAUGUAAGUAAACGCGCAUUUUAAUAAAUUGGGGAAUCAUGUACUCAUUUUUUAGCAAAAGAGCUUUAUUGCAUGAAUUCAUAUUUAGACAAAUUAAGUUGGUAAUCUUUGUUUUGAUAUCCUUUAAUGAAAAGUUAGUAAGAAAUUAUUAUAUAUUUAGAAUUCAAUAAUACCUUUGGUUUUUAUUAUUGUUAUGAGAAAAACAAUUUGGAAUAUUUUCAAUUAUCAAAAAACAUAUCCUUAUACAUCCAAAUAAAAUAAUAGAUGGCAAAACUUAUCUGAUUUCGUCGUUUUUGCUUCUUAUAUUUUUUCAGCCUUUUUAUUUAACUAAGAUUGGAGUAGUAUUAAUUAUGCUGCAAUUAUUAGUUUAUACAUCAUCAAUUUGGCAUUUUUCCUCUCAUUUCUUCACUUUGUUUUGGUAAAAUAUUUGAAUUAAAUUAAAACACUAUUACAAAAAAAAGGAUAUGGAUUAAGAAUAUACAAUAUAAUUGAGGGAGAUGAUGGAUAGGAGGAAGUAUCAAAUGAUGCAGAGAAAAAAAAAAAAAAACUUCAGAAGAUCGUAAAAGAAAGUAUUGAGAUUUGGAGAUAAAAUAAAUACAAUUAAUUUUAUUUAAUAGGAAAUGAAAAAAAAUACUUUAGAAUAUAUGAAGCAAAUUGA